AUGUCAAAUCUUACAAAAUUGGAUUUUGGGUCUCUUGAUAUUUCGGAAAAGAACUAUUUGACAUGGGCCCUAGACGCCCAAAUUCAUUUAAGCGCAGAAGGUCACGGUGACACUAUUAAAAAAGGAAAUAAAUCAUCUGAUCAACAAAAGGCAAAAGCCAUGAUAUUCCUUCGUCGUCACCUUCACGAGGAUCUUAAAAAUGAGUAUCUUACCGUAACUGACCCACGUGUCUUGUUGAAAAAUUUGAAAGAUAGAUAUGAUCAUCAAAAAACGGUUAUCCUACCAAAAGCUCGAUAUGAAUGGAUGCAUUUACGUUUGCAAGAUUUUAAAAGUGUAAGUGAUUAUAAUUUUGCAAUGUUUAGAAUAACUUCUAAGUUAUUAUUAUGUGGAAAAAAAGUAACUGAUGAAGAUAUGCUAGAAAAAACAUUUUCCACUUUUCAUGCAUCCAAUGUGCUCCUGCAGCAGCAGUAUCGAGAAAAGGGGAAAAAUCGUGGUCGCGGUCGUGGUCGUUAUUAUGCUCAUGGUCUUGGUUUUGAUCGUGGUCGCAAUGGGAAUCAUAAAAACACAUAUUUCCACCCAAAGUGGAAAAAUGUUGAAAAGAAUGAAAAAGAGGGUCAGAGUAGCAAAACAAAUGAAAAUAUUUGCUACCGUUGUGGAGGAAAAGGUCAUUGGAGUCGCACUUGUCGUACUCCAAAACACCUUGUUGAUCUUUAUAAAAAAUCACUGAAAAAUAAAAAGGAAAGGAUCGAGACUCACUUUGCUAAUGAAGAUGAUGAUCCAGAUUACAGUAAUAUAGAUGUUACCCAUUUGGAUAUUGGUGACUUCUUUGCUGAUCCAGAUGAAAAAAUUGAUCACCUUAUUGGAGAUGGAAGUGUCAAGAAACAAAAUUUAUGGAAAUUUUCUUUUUAA